GGGAUUUGGGCAAGUUUUAGGAACGUACUCAAAACAAAAAUAAAUUAUUCUGUUAAAAUUUUAGUGGGCUCUGUUGGUUUCUCAUUCAUUACUUUUCUUUUUAGUUUAGGCUUUAUUUUGAGUAAUUUCCUUUUGUCAUGCAUUUUUGGUGCGUUCGGAUUUUAUCUAUAUAUUAUCUUGGGUAAUAUUUUCGUUUGCGUGGAAUAUUAAAAUGCUACUUAAACUGUAUUUUAAGUUUAAGGACAAAUCAAAAAGUAACCCGUAAAAUGGUUUCUGAUUAUUUGCAGUUGAUAUAAUGACUGAAAGUAUCCAGAAAAAAUCUUGGGAUGAUCCACUUCCAGUACCCACUAGUCUCCUUCCUUGGUCAUCAUUUAUAGUCUUCUUAUGUGCAGUCAUUUGUUUCAGCAACAGUAUUGAGGGGGAAUUCGUCUUCGAUGAUUCUGAGGCAGUUAUUAAUAAUUUUGAUUUGAAGCCUGAUACUCCUCUUUCAAGCAUAUUUCAGAAUGAUUUUUGGGGUACAAAACUUACUCACAACACAAGUCAUAAAUCAUAUCGCCCUUUAACCGUAUUAACAUUUAGAUUGAAUCAUUUUAUCACUGGACUUAACCCAUGGAGCUUUCAUUUUGUAAAUAUUUUGCUGCAUGGUAGUGUAAGUGCUCUAUUUCAUAAGGUCAUAUCUUGUAUGUUGAAUUCUGCUUUAGAUGAUGAAUCACCAAAAACUGCCUUUUUAAGUGCCUUACUUUUCUCUGUGCACCCUGUUCACACUGAAAGUGUAUCAGCUGUUGUUGGAAGAGCUGAUUUGUUAUGCGGAAUAUUUUUUCUGCUGUCCUUUCUUUCAUUUAUUCAUGCAUCAAAAUGUUUCUCAUUUCAUUGGGGACCAAAAAUGUCCCUUGUAUGGGUUGGUUUUAGUGUCAUACUUGCGGGUUUGGCUAUGCUAUGUAAGGAACAAGGAAUAACUAUUAUCGGAGUUUGUUGUAUUUAUGACAUUAUCAUAUUUUAUAAAUGGGAUAUUCGUUGUACUGGUAGCAACAUCACACAUAGGAACAAAAAUGUGCCAACUUCACCAGGGAGUGAUUCUAAGCAAUGCAUAUCAUUUUUCCUAUUGAGGCAAAGUGUACUUUGCUUAGGAGGUAUUUUUUUGUUGUCAGUAAGAUGGUAUAUCAUGGGGGCAUCAACUCCAGUUUUUCAACAAGUUGAUAAUCCAGCUUCUUUUGAAGAUAGAAUUUUAGUAAGGAUUGUCAACUACCAUUACAUUUAUUCCAUAAACCUGUGGCUCUUGUUCCAUCCUUAUUGGUUGUGCUUUGAUUGGUCAAUGGGCUGCAUACCUUUAAUUAAUUCAUUCAUAGAUAAACGUAUAGUUGUGGUUGUUAUAUUUUGGAUUUUCUGUGCCCAUCUUUUAUAUAGUGUAUUCACUCAUGUUGAUCUUAGAAUCAGGAGGUUAUUAUGUCUGUCAUUGGCAUUCAUUUUGGUACCUUUUCUACCUGCUUCUAAUUUAUUUUUCCGAGUUGGUUUUGUUGUUGCAGAAAGGGUGUUAUAUCUUCCUAGCAUGGGAUUUUGUCUUCUUGUUGUGAUAGGUUUAAAGCAGCUCAUGAUUUUCUGCGGGCAGAACUAUCAAAUGUGUAUUCAAUGCAGUGUAUUCAUUCUGCUGACUGCAUUUGGAGUACGAUGCAUUCAUCGUAGUCUUGAUUGGAGGAAUGAAGAAACAUUAUUCAAAUCUGGCUUGAGCGUUUGCCCUUUGAAUGCUAAGGUCCAUUACAACAUAGCUAAAAAUGCUGCUGAUAAAGGUGAUAAAGAAACUGCCAUUAUAGGAUACAAAGAAGCAAUCAGAUUAAAUCCUCUUUAUGAUCAAGCAAUGAACAAUCUUGCAAACAUAUUGAAGGAUCAAGGAGAAUUGAUUGAAGCUGAAGAGUUGUUAAUUUCUGCUAUAAAAAUAAGGCCUGAUUUUGCUGCUGCAUGGAUGAAUCUUGGUAUUGUUCAAUCAAGUUUAAAAAAGAUGAAUAAUGCAAAAAAGAGUUACCUGAUGGCUUUACAGUUUCGAAAAAGAUAUCCAGAUUGUUACUACAACUUAGGAAAUCUAUACUUAGAACAGAAGCAGUAUGAUGAGGCUUACAGAGCAUGGCGAAAUGCUACUGCUAUGCAGCCCACUCAUUUAGUUGCUUGGAAUAAUAUGAUAAUAAUGUUAGACAGUAUAGGGGCCUUAUCAAAAGCUGAAAUGGUUGCUUAUGAAGCUUUACAAUAUUUGCCAACCGAAGCAUCAUUGUAUUUCAACUUAGCUAACACUCUUGGAAAAGCUGGAAAGUACACAGAGUCUGAAAAGUAUUUUUUAAAAGCCUUGCAAUUAAAUGAGAACAAUCCGACAUAUCAUAUAAAUUUAGGUGUACUUUACCAUCGUUGGAAAAAAUAUCAUCUUGCAGAGAAGUCUUACAAAAGAGCUCUUGAAAUAAAACCAGACAUGAAAAGUGCCAGUGACAAUCUACGACUACUUCAUAAAACUUUCAACUUUGUGUGAUUGUUUCAUUUGAACUGAAAAUGCCAUUGCGCUCCAGUUUUUUACAUACCAUAUAUGAUCUGAGAAAAAGGGGCUCAAAAAUUUUGCCUAAUAAAAUCAUACUUGUUUUGUAAUAAAAAUACAGGUUUUGACAACAA